GAUAUUGAUACGUUCAUGGAAUUGGAUAACAAUGAUUACACACGAUUACAAUUAACUACAAAAAUGGUUAAAACCAUUCAACGAAUUCGAAGACAAUGCUCAGAUGACCUCAUCGUUGAAUAAAGGCUGGAAAACGAACCAAUGAGUGAAGACGAUAACAUAACUGACAACAUAAACACACCACCACAGAACAGCUAUCGGUCCAUCAGCCUUGAUAAGGUAAUUGACAUCAACACAGUUUUCUCUCAAACCCCAACUGGUAGAAAUAUAAAGGAGCUGUUACUAGAAGGUAAAAAACCUGACGGAAAAAUGCUUUCGCAGAUAACUCAUGUUUUGUGUGAUUGUUUAUUGGCCGUAUAUGGAGAGAGACCCUCAACGGAUCAUAAGGAAAUGAUAGCAAAAUCUCUUGUCAAAACGUAUCCUAUCUUAGGCUCGACUGUUUCCGAACAACCCUAUAUACGUGAAGUUAUUUUUAUUUAA